GAUAAAUUGUGGGGGAGAGGGGAAUCAUACAGAGUAUAAGAGGAGUAACGUGGAAGAAAAUUAUGUAUUUCAUUUUCAUUUAUCGUGAAUUUUUUUUCGGUGAAGAUUAAGUGCAAAACACCAGGGAUGAAGUUAAUUUUGGUUGUUCUUAGUUGUAUCGUGAGGAUUAGCUACUCCGAACUACAAUGUGAUAAGACAACGCCGGGAGUUUAUUCGAAAAUUAUCUGUGUUUCAAAAACCGAAUUCAAACUAAGUGCGACAGAUCCUGAUGAUGCUACUUUGUCUUGUCCAGAGGGAAAAGUUUGCGCGGAUGUGGCGGAAAUUUGCUCCUCAACCGAGGGACCGGUAUGCUCAAAUACAAACAGCGGGUCAAUAGGGACUUGUAAGGAAUGCCUUCUGAACACACCAAGCGCGCACAAAGUUUGUGUAACCGAGACGGAUUAUGGUAUUUGCAAUCAUGGCACCCUUUUAUCGCUCCAGUACAAAUGUCCAGUUGCUAUGCCUUAUUGUCGCUUAGAAAAUGAUGGAAGCAUCUGUCAAAUAGAUAACACUGAUCUCGACUGUUCUGCAAGUGAAACAGGAUCUGGCGAAGGAAAUGGAAAUGAAAACGGAAAUGGGAAUGAAAAUGGAAACGGGGGGCAGACUUCUGGUUGCACUGACGAAGGACUUUUUCCUGAUACUACUGAUAAAACAUGCACUAAAUACUUCAAAUGCGUCAAGGAUGCUUCAGAAAUAUUUCAGAAAGUAGAGCUGUCAUGCUUGACUACAGGUUUUGCAUUUAAUCCAAUUUCAACGCGCUGUGAACCGAAUUAUACAUGUACUAACUAAAUUCAAUAUUUUUAUAUUUAUGUUAA